AGUACUAAGGUCCUAGCUGGGGAGAGCUGUGGCGCGGCAGACUGUGGUAUGGGCGACUUUAAAGGGAUGGAGUCGCCUGUAGCGGAUGCGGGAGCCAGCGAGACCGAGCGAGGUGUGGACGCCGACCCUGCAAGUUGCGGUGUCGCUCGGGAGCCCACUGUCUCGGCGCCCUUGGGAGUCGCUCGGUGGAAGCUCCUGCGACAGGUUCUGAAGCAAAAACACCUGGAUGAUUGUCUGCGAAACAUAUCUGUAAGAAGAUUUGAAUCAUUUAAUCUGUUUUCGGUCACAGAUGCCAAAAAAAGGGAAGCUGAAGAGGAAGUUGGUGCAUGGGUCCAAUAUACAAGUGUCUUCUAUCCUGAAUACAGUAUUUCUUUAAGGCAUAACAGUGGACCUUUGAAUGUUGAAGAUGUUCUUACCAGCUUCGACAACACAGGAAAUGUUUGCAUCUGGCCCUCUGAAGAGGUUUUGGCUUACUACUGCCUCAAGCACAGUAGUAUAUUCAGGGACCUUGCUGUGUGUGAGCUAGGGGGUGGCAUGACAUGCUUGGCUGGGCUCAUGGUUGCUAUUUCUGCAGAUGUCAAAGAAGUUCUGUUAACUGAUGGGAAUGAAAAGGCCAUCAGAAAUGUGAGAGACAUCAUCACAAGGAAUCAGAAGGCCGGUGUGUUUAAGACUCCGAAGAUAUCAAGCAGCGUUUUACGAUGGGAUAAUGAGACAGAUGUCUCUCAACUGGAAGGACAUUUUGACAUUGUUAUGUGUGCUGACUGCCUGUUUCUGGACCAGUACAGAGCCAGCCUUGUUGAUGCAAUAAAGAGAUUACUCCAGCCCAGGGGGGAAGCGAUGGUAUGUGCCCCACGCCGAGGGAAUACUUUAAACCAGUUUUGCAAUCUAGCUGAAAAAGCCGGUUUCUCUAUCCAAAGACAUGAAAAUUAUGAUGAACACAUUUCAAACUUCCACUCCAAGCUGAAAAAGGAAAACCAGGCUCUCUAUGAAGAAAACCUUCAUUACCCACUUCUGCUUAUUUUAACCAAAAAUGAAUAGAAGGUGAAGCUGCUCACAGAUGAAGAAAACAUCAAGUACACAGAGAAUGUUUUCAUAGAAACAAAAACCUGCCAUGGACCCAUCAUGCAGCAAACCUUUGCACCCCGAGAUUGGCAGGCCCCCAGGACUGGACCUGCCACCUUUGCAACAUUCCACCUGUCCUCACCUGGGUACCUUAUCGCCCAGCCGUCCAGGGCUUUUCUUUAUUGACUUCUUGUUGCUCUUCUUGUAUCAAACCUUUGUUUAUCUUUCCAAUUCUAUAAACAGUCUGAAUUUGAAUUGGAUUUGUAAGCAAUCUAAAUAUAUUUCUGUUUAAUUGAGACAGAAUUGCUUUUGGUGAUCCCCACGCCCCUUAAAAAAAGAAAACCUUGGUCUUUGUUCUGUUUUGUCAGCGGUAGUUUUUUAAUCUGUAAACACAGCAAACAUCAUGAUUCUUUCCUGGUUAAAAUAAAAUAAAGCUUAUCUUUCUGA